AUGUCCAAUUCAGACCUCCUGCGUUAUUCCAAGCAGUGUUCUCCAACUUCAGGGGGAACCAUGCUAUCAGGGAGUGAAGAUGAGCCAACGGAUAAUGGUGAUGAGGACUUGGAAGAUGGCUUAAUUGAACCACCAGAAAUGUAUAAGAAAGACAGGGGAAGGGCGAAAUCUCUGCCCGCAUACCCGGAGCAGGCUAUGCUUUUUGAAGAAAUAGCCAAUAACGGCCGAAAACGGGUGAAGUUCGCAGACUCCAUGGGGCUUGAUUUGGCAAGCGUGAAGCACUUCAGCACAUCAGAAGACCCGAAAAUCCCUUCCAAGGUAUUGUCGAGAUUGCAGAGCUUUCCCCCUCAACCACAGGACCGAGAGUAUACAAUUGGGAACCUGUGCGUAAACUUAAAAUCUACCUUGACCAUGGACCGUCUCAUCCCAACUUUCAAGAUGCCAGUUGAGUCUGAUGAUUUUGAAACCACGGUAUUGCAGCGCCACGUCAACCUGGAGAAGGUGACCAUCACUCAGUUUGACAUCCGUGGGCAGAUUCGGACGAAUACUCAAAACUGUUGCAAGAGGGAAGUUGGUGUGAGGUACACAUUCAACGAGUGGCUCUCUUUCGUGGACGCGCAGGCGAUACCCAUGCCCGUGGAUGAGAAUAUUGUCGGUGAGCGUUAUUCCUUUACCAUAUUCACACCUCCAUUCCUAGACCCAUCUUCCUCUGUGCACUUCGCCGUGUACAUCAGGAAUGACCAGGGCGAGUUUUGGGAUAACAACUAUGGUCAAAACUAUACCUUCAAGUAUCACUGUACAUGUAUGCCGACCUACGAGAGCGUAGCAUUCCAUGCAACCUGA